AUGCCUCCUGGACCUGGGCUACUACUAGCCGAACAGCCAUCUCCGUGGAGCGGUGUGCCCUGUUCCCCAUUUCCUGGUUGGGUGGCUGACCUGGGUCGCUGGGGAAAGCACUCUACGGAAGAAGGCGAGUUGCGGCUACAGCUCUCCUUGGUGGACUGCGGAGGUGGAGCAGGCCGCCCGGGAGCCCAGGAGGGCCGAGAGGCUGGCGAAGGAGACUCGGGCAGAGUACUGUUGGGAGGAGCUCAGCGAAAGGCUCAGGAACCUUUCCAGAACAACGCGCGAAGCACGGACAAGGGCUUGGAGGAACAACCUGCAGGAAGCAAGCGAGGCAAAGAAGCCCGAUCAGAUGUGGAGCUUGGAAAGAUGGGCCAGGCUACGGAGCGUUUUGCCGCCGGAACCACCGAGACUACCGGCAUUCAAGGACUCGUCCGGACAGGUAACGGCCGAAACGCACGACCAGAAAGCCAGCGCACUGGCCGAGAGGUUCUUCCCGGACCCACCGGCCAACCUGACGGACGUGGAAGACCAAGCCUUUCUAGGCGACUGGAACCCGGGAUUCGACGUCUCACAGGCAGUGACGCCGACCGAGAUCGCGAAAGCAAUAGGAGGAGCAGGCCCCUGGAAGGCGCCAGGAGAGAAUCUGCUCCCGAUGGUCUUCUGAAGGCAUGUGGAACGCCACUGGCUGAAGUGCUCGCCGUAUUGGCGACGAGGUGCCUGGAACUAGGAUGGUUUCCCGACCGGUUCAAAAAGGCAAAGACCAUAGUACUACCAAAGCCAGGGAAGGCGCCGCCAGUAUAUCAGACCCCGGGAGGGUACAGGCCCAUUGCGCUACUGCCAACCCUAGGGAAGGUAAUAGAGUCAGUGGUCGCCAGGAAGGUCACUCAAGCUGCUGAAGUCAACGGCCUUCUACCAGCCGUGCGCAGCGAUGUUGACUCAGCCUUCACCCUCUCCCUGUCCAUCUUCUUCCAGGCCCAGCCAUCCGGUUGGGAUACUGUUUGGAGGUUUUCCGAAGUCCAGAAGUGGUCGAUGGUUGACGGGCGGCCUCGCUGCCGCCCCUGGGGAGCUCGCGUUGUCGCUCCCCUUGCAGUCCUGAUGCGUCCGAACCCAUCUCACAAUGGGUUCUUUAGGUUGAAGUCUCCUGCCAGAACCACCGGGUGGCUUGGCCUUGGCCGCCCUUGGAGGGCUCUCGCCACAUCCUUCCCCCGGUCCUACAGCAACGGCAAGUCCUCCGCACCCAAGUCCGCCGAGGAGCCCAGCGCAACCAGCGGCGGAUCCCGCAGCAAAGAAGCCGUUGAGACCGGCUCCAGCCCAACAGGCGGCGUCAUCCAGGACGGGCUCGCCGAUGGCGACGCCCGCGGCCGCACAGGAGGCGGGCGCCCCCUCGACAGCUCCGUCCACCCGCCGGCCCAGCCUAAGAUCAGCAAUGCCAGCGUGCCGGGCGAGCGCCCCAAUCUGAGCCCCGAACAGCAGGCUGAGGUGGACGAGCAUAACCGGGAUUUUGAGAACAAGCAUGGCAAGGCGGAGCCCGCGGGGGAUGAUAAGGUGGAUAAGAGCUUUUGGAGUGGGAAGGGGUCGAGACAUAAUAAGGCAUGA